UACAGGUAGAAUGAUUUCCCCAUAACGAUAGAUUAGUGUGACAUUACGGGUAGAUAAAGGACGAUGUAAUGGUUCAGACACUCGUAAAGGAAACAUGGAAUUUUGUUUUUUACGUGGUCUCCUUUUCGUCGCCCUGACGGCUUGGACAUUCGGAGACGAUGGACAGGUGACGUUUGUAUCAGAGCUCUCAUCCAAACCAGCUCAGAAGCUGUCAAAGUACGGCUGGUACGGCAACGCAAGGCUGCAGAGGUUUCAUAUACCAGAGGAAACUGCCAUCGCUCGCUGGCUGUUCUCUGUCACCAAGGGCCACAGCUUCCACUGCGGACAGCACAACGUCACCAUUCACAUUCGAUGGGGUGCCCCUCCAGUCAUAAACCCAAUAGGGUCGGUGUUUCCCAAUGCAACGCUAUGGAGCCCCUGUCUGUCUCUGAUCCUACCAGUGACAUCACACAGCUCCAUAACCUUUAACCUCUCCAAUCCCGCUCCUGGUGAUUGGUACGUUGCUGCCCACUUGCCUGAAGAUGAUGGGCGCAUAGAGCAGAAGGGCUUUCCAUCCUGCUCCUACUUCUUCCAGCCUCAGCUGUCAGUCAGGAGAGCGGUGGACACACCCACAUUGCAGCAGGGCACAUUCCUCCAACAGACUGCAGCCCCUGACAGACCUGCACGCCUUAAGUUGUAUGUUCCAGAGUUUGCCUCUUCUCUCUCCGUGUCUGUGGCGGACUGUUCGUCAGGGGAGGGAGUAGACAGUGGAAACUGUUCACUGGUCCUCAGGCUUGGCUCCGUCUCUCUGCAGCAUGGCCCAGUAACGGUGAACUGCUCAGGGACCGGCUGCUCUGCAGCUCUUUCUAACCCACCUUGGGACACCUGGUUACGAGUUGUCGUGGAGAGUAGCCUAGACAACCGUACCAUCACCUUUAGUAUCGUCUCAAACUACACAGUGGGAUGCAAGCCAAAAAGUGUAGGCCUUACAGCGGAUGAUGACAUCAGCAAGCUCCAUGGCAACAGCAGCUAUACCAACUCGACAUCAGCAGGCAACAGCUCAGUGGUUACAGACGCAGUCGCCUUUAGCAACAAAUCAGCAUCUCUGUUAACACCGUUUUCGGCGUGUGUUUGGAGCAUCCCUGUGCUGUACGAGGAGGUGGAUGUUCUGUCGCUCCGAUUCACUCCAGUCAAUGGACCCAACGUCAGCGUUACACGCACACACGCCACGCUGCUCACCUACCCCCUGCACACACAAGCCACUGGUGGUACACUCAACCUACAGCUCACACUCAACACUACUAAUGUUACCCUGGGGAACAGCAGCAGUGUGGUGGCCUGUCUCUCUCCCUGGGCUCCAGUCCUCGAACUCAACCACUCUCAACCUUGCCGCACAGCUCUGUUUGGAGGAUAUGGUGUUCGUGUGAAUGCCAGUGUUCCUAAAGCUGUGGUCAGGCUGCCUUUCCCUCAGUCAACAACAUGGUACCUCACCCUGCAGCUCACGUGUAACAGCAGUGACUGUGGUAAUACAUCAUUGGUGUCUGUGGUCCCAGAGGUGUUUAUCAGUGCCUGCGUAGAGGACUGCGGGACAUAUGGUGAAUGUAGACUUCUGAGAUCCUACACCUACCUGUAUGCUGCCUGUGUCUGCAAGGCUGGCUGGAGCGGUUGGGGCUGCACCGAUGAUUCGACAGCUCAGUCGUACCGUCGCCAGUUGAUGGCAACCCUACUGCUCACGCUCAGUAAUCUGUCCUUCCUGCCUGCCAUCGUGGUGGCCAUCAAACGCUGCUACAUCACUGAGGCCUCCGUCUACCUCUUCACUAUGUUCUUCUCCACGUUCUACCAUGCAUGUGACCAGCCUGGCAUAGCUGUCCUGUGUAUAAUGGACUACGAUACCCUACAAUACUGUGACUUCCUGGGGUCAGUCUGUUCCAUCUGGGUCACCAUCCUGUGCAUGGCUCGCAUCAAGGACACUUUCAAAUAUACUCUGUUUAUGCUCGGGGCUCUGCUCAUAGCCAUGUCAAUGCAGCUGGACCGCAAAGGUCUGUGGAACCUGCUGGGCCCCGUCCUCUGUGCCAUACUGUUCAUGGUCACUGCCUGGGUGUACCGAGGGGUGCGGCGACGACACUGUUACCCGCCUUCUUGGAAACGCUGGGCCUUCUACCUGAUCCCCGGGGCAAUCUGCGCCCUGAUCGGCGUGUGUUUGUACAUUUUUGCCGAGACAGAGGACAAUUACUACUACACGCACUCGCUGUGGCACAUCCUGGUGGCCAGCUGCGUCGUGUUCCUGCUGCCGCCUAAGGAGAAGAACAGGGAGGCGCUGGGCUGGAGCAGGGGCUGGAGCUGGAACUGGAGCUGGAGACCACGGGUCUGCGGGUACACGCUCUGUCAGAGCAGCAAGGACGAACUCUACACUGUCACGUAGAUGGAGCAGAGAUUCUGUAAGGGAGCAAAGCAACUAGGCAUUGAUUGUUCAACAGCACUAUAAGCAUUCACAUAAGGUAAAAAGACAUACACGAACACAGGGUGUCGAAAGUCUUCAACUUUUGACACUUAAUAUCUUGAAUUUAAAAUCAAAUUUAAACCUAUAUUCUCAUAGGUCUACCAUUUGCAUGGUCAGAUUUCACAUUAGCUUGCAGACAUCUUGAAAUACACACACACACAAACAGCCCAUUUAACCCUGCUGAAACCUCCAAGGUGAUCCACUGCACCAGCUUCGGUGUGAACAUCACAAACUUCAGGUAACACACCACCUGACCUUUGACCUCAUGACCAGGAGUUUGUACAUAUUGUGUAUGUACGUAUUUUACUAGGCUAGGACAUUAAUGUUUAUUAAUAUUUAUAAGGAAUAGCACUUUCUGGAACUCUUUUAAAUCUUUAUCGUUGAGUCUGCUAUACAAUUUCUAGCUGAUGUAAACACUCCUCGUUCUUGUGCCCUCUUGUAUUUUCAUUUUGUCCACAUGUGCUCGAUUUCUAUCCGCCAGGUGGUUUUAACAACCUUCAGAAUAGUUUGACGAAACAAUAAGAAGUCCACUUUUUAGCUUUGUUCUGGAACUUUCAAUCAUAUAACAUAACAUGGUCUUCAUCAGCAGAGGAGAUUAGCUUUUGAUCUUCAACAUGUAUCACUGCGGAACACAAAAGAAUCAGAAACAUCUAAGAGAACUAUUUAAAACAAUAAACUGCACUUUAUGUUUUCACAUCAUGUCAACUUCAGCUUCUCAACUUUCCGCGGCGUUUCUGUGCAACACAUUCUCAGCCAGCAGCCAACUGUAAGUCAGGGGCUUUUCGUCGAGAGUGCACGUUAAUGGGUGGACGAAUGAAAGCGUAACAGUUCGGGAUACAGGUGCCUCCUUAUUUCUUUGAAAGAAAUCCACAUAAAGUACUGUACAUGACAGGAUGUUGUGUUCAUGUACAGAUAUAUAUGCAGCUUGUACUGAUGGAUGACUCAAUGUCCUUCCUUUUCUUGUCUAGUCUCUGCUCUCUUUCUCCCACCCUGAAACCUUACCAGCUAACACUCAUUCUGAAGCACUUUUAUGAUUAAAAAGCUGAUUCCACUAUGUAAUGUACAUAGCCCAUAUGUGUAUGAAUGGGCACUUUAUGAAUGUAUAUUCAAGUGACUGUGUCCAGUGCCUCCUCUUGUCUGUAUCUUUCUGUGAAUGCACUGUAUGUACUGUAUGAUUGUGAGUAAAUGUGUGUGUUUUGUCUCACUUUCCAUGCAUUUAAGGCAUAGAGUUUAUGUGUUGUCUAUUUUGAAGUGUUCCAUACUGUGGUGAUUUUCUCAUUGUGAUUUUGCACACAGGUUCAAAUUGAACGUUUCUGUCACACUUGCGUCGCCUUCCUUUCUUUGUUGAGAUUUUUUUUUUGUGAGGGUGUGAAUCACGCACUUCUUGUUAAGUGUGAGUAUGAAGAGGCAUUGUUCCACAACAACAUACUGUAGCUGCCAUUGCUUGUAUGGAUGAAGAAAUGUAAUGUUUCAUGUAAAACAUGAUUUUACUUCCUUGUACUGGACAACUACCUUUCAAUCUCUUAAAAAAACCAAACAGCAUUUAUCCCACCAAAAAUAAAUCAUGUAUA